ACUUUAAUAGCACGCAUGUUCUUUACCCCAGAAAUUAAGUUGUUGGCUAGUUUAGUAAAAGGCACACAGGUUUUCUCAAAUCCUGGAUUGAGGCCGGUGACAUGAUGCACGCCGAGGAGAGGCUGUUGGAUUUGGUUGGCGCCAUGGAAGAUCUCAAGGCCAUGAGAAAUCGCGUUCUGAGGGAGAUUGAAUUGCAGGAGGAGAAAGGCAAACAACGCACUCAAAAAGUGCAAGCAUGGCUUGACAAGGUUGUGGACAUGGAUCAAUGUACAAAUCAGUUGGUGAUUGAUUUUAGUAGAUGUUGUGUCACUGGAUGUUGCUCCCUAAAUAUUUAUUCAAGAUUAAAUGUCAGCAGAAAAGCAACAAAAUUAAAGAAAGAAAUAGAUGAAUUGAUGAAAGAAAAAAAUCAUCUGAGUGUUUUGGCAAAGAAGAGGCCUUCUAAACCAAUCAUAGAUAUGCCAAUCUCAACCACAAAUGUUGGCAUAAUGACUGGGUCCAAUUUGCGUGUCAUCCGUGAUUACCUAGGAGAUAAAACAUUUGGGAUAAUUGGGAUUUAUGGUAUGGGUGGGAUUGGCAAAACCACUCUCCUGAAAGAAAUCGAAAGGUCCAUAUAUGAUUGGAAUAUGGGCUUCGAUUAUGUCAUUCAUGCUAAAGCUUCAUAUGAACUUCAUGUUGAAGAUCUUCGUGACUGUAUAGCUGAACAGUUGUCAUUGUGCGGGCCCAGCAGAGAAACUAUUUUUCAAAAAAAUUUAGCAAUGGAUUUGGAAGGUAAGCCUUUUUAUAGAGGAAGCAGCAAGGGAGGUGGCCAAUUUAUGUGGUGGCUUGCCACUAGCUCUUGUAAUGGUUGGGCAGGCUAUGUCAAACAAGACAUCAACAACAGAGUGGAAUUUCAUUCUCGAUCAACUGUGGAGUGGGCUUUGCUCAAGUUUAUGUGA